AUGCCUGAGCCCACCGACAAAAAGCCGUUGCGCAUUUCUAUUGAUCGCGGAGGCACAUUCACGGAUUGCAUUUGCAAAGUUCUCGACCGCGACGAUAUUCUCGUGAAGAUCUUAUCUGUGGACCCGAAGAACUAUGCCGAUGCCCCAACCGAGGCAAUCCGUCGCAUCCUGGAGAUAUACUACAAUACUAAAAUUCCACGGGGCGCAGAAUUAGACCUUAGUGAUGUUGAAUGGAUUCGCAUGGGCACAACGGUUGCAACCAAUGCGCUCCUCGAGCGCAAGGGUGAGCGCACGGCACUACUUGUAACCGAAGGCUUCAAAGAUAUCUUGCUUAUAGGCAACCAAAGCCGACCGUAUAUGUUUGACCUUACCAUCAGACGACCGAAACCGUUAUACUCAGAUGUCUUUGAAGUCAAAGAGCGCGUGACGGUGGGCGCUUGCAGCGACUCCAAUCUCCGCAGUGUCAAGCUGCAGUCUCCUGAGCCUGUUGAAUCAGUCAUCGGGACCUCUGGCGAGGUUGUCCAGAUUCUCCAGCCUCUCGACUUAGCCAGCACUAAAAGUUAUUUACGGAAAAUAUACAAUGAAGGAUUUCGCUCUUUAGCAGUGUGCUUCAUCCAUUCCUACAUUUUCCCAACACAUGAAUUGCAGAUUAGAGAGUUGGCACUCGAUAUUGGAUUUGAACAUAUAUCGCUCUCCCAUCAAACAUCUCCACGGCCAAAACUCGUCCCGCGCGGCAACUCCACGGUGGUCGACGCGUACUUAACCCCGACCAUUGAAAAGUAUCUCCAACAAUUUUCGAAGAACUUCCCUAAGAUUGAGCAAGCCCAGACACGACUGGACUUUAUGCAGUCAGAUGGUGGCUUGGUUCCCUCAUCAAGCCUUUCUGGAUUGCACUCUAUCCUCUCUGGACCGGCUGGUGGUGUCAUCGGAUAUGCCCAAACAUGUUUCGACACAGAAUCUGGAACUCCGGUGAUUGGGUUUGAUAUGGGAGGCACCAGUACCGACGUCAGUCGAUACGAUGGAGAAUUGGAUCAUAUCUUCGAAACAACGACUGCUGGAAUUUCGAUCCAGGCCCCACAGCUCAAUGUGAAUACUAUUGCCGCAGGUGGAGGUAGUAUACUGGCUUGGAAAGACGGUCUCAUGUCGGUUGGCCCCGAGAGUGCAUCCUCAAAUCCCGGGCCUGCCUGCUACCGUAAAGGCGGUCCGUUGACUGUGACGGAUGCGAAUCUGGCACUUGGACGCUUGAUCCCAGAUGAAUUCCCCUCCGUCUUUGGUGUCAACGAAAAUGAGCCGCUAGACAGGGAGAUUGUACUUGCCAAAUUUAAGGACCUGACUCAAACUAUCAAUCAGGAGACAGGGAAGUCAAUGACGUGGGCAGAAGUUGCAAAUGGGUUCCUCCAGGUUGCCAAUUCCGCAAUGUGUGGACCCAUCCGAAGCUUGACUGAGGCUAAGGGCCACGAUAUUGCAAAGCAUCACCUCGCCUCAUUCGGUGGUGCAGGAGGCCAACAUGCCUGUGCCAUCGCCGAUGCCCUAGGAAUUAAACGAGUUCUGAUCCACAAAUACUCCUCUAUACUCUCUGCUUAUGGAAUCGGACAGGCAGACGUCGUGCAUGAGGAAGAGCGAGUGUGCGCAAAGGCAUUUGACGACUCUACCGUCGACGUGAUCAAUAGCGAUAUGGAGAUGGUUGUUGAGUGUGCGCGAAGCAGUCAGAACAUGGAACCUUUCAACAAUGUUCAAACUCGCCGCUAUCUGAAUAUGAGGUACGAUGGUAGCGAGACUUCAAUCAUGGUCUCCUGGGAUAACCCGAAGAAUGAUGCCAAGGAAGCAUUCAUCAAAGCUCAUUAUCAGCAAUUUGGAUUCACUCCUACCAACCGCGUGGUGUACGUUGACACCAUUCGUGUCCGGGCAAUUGGCUGCAGUACUUUCUCCGGAAUGCGUUCAUCUGCUGCACUCAUCUCCCCCCUCAAAUCCAUCUCGGCGGCAUUUGCACCUGUCCCCACCUCAUGGGAAUCUACAUAUUUCAGCCCGAUGGGAUGGAUCAAUACGCCAGUUUAUCACUUCGACACCUUGAGUGAUGGGCACCAAAUCCAAGGACCGGCCUUGGUCAUUGACAAAACACAGACAAUCUUGGUCAGCCCGCAAACAAGCGCGACCCUCACUCAAGAUAUCCUAGUCUUGGACGUGGGCUCUUCAGGUCCAAAAGUGAGCAGCGCAGAGAUCGUUGAUCCAAUCCAACUUUCUAUUUUCCGUCAUCGAUUUAUGGGUGUUGCAGAGCAAAUGGGUCGCGUGCUGCAGAACGUCAGCAUCAGCGCUAAUAUCAAGGAGCGGCUGGAUUUUACUUGUGCGAUUUUCACACCUGAGGGAGACUUGGUCGCCAACGCGCCCCAUGUACCCGCCAUGAUUGGAAGUAUGGCUUUUGCGGUCAGGUCACAGAUUAUCAAGUGGCAGGGUAAGCUGCAGGAUGGUGACGUUUUACUCUCCAACACUCCAGCCUUCGGAGGAGUUCACCUUCCUGAUCUUACGGUGAUCACACCGGUCUUUGACUCUGAUAAAAAAGAAAUUAUCUUCUGGGCUGCUUCACGAGGCCACCACGCUGAUGUUGGCGGUAUACUUCCCGGCUCUAUGCCGCCAUUGUCAAAAACUCUCUCUGAAGAGGGUGCGGUCUUCGAUUCUCAUCUCCUGGUGCGUGCUGGCCAUUUCGACGAGGAAGAACUCUAUCAUCUGUUGUGUGUGGAGCCUGCACGUUUCCCUGGCUCCAGUGGAUCCCGCUGUUUCCAGGAUAAUAUCACCGAUUUGAAAGCUCAAGUUGCAGCAAACCACUGUGGGACCCGUCUCAUGCGGCAGCUGAUUGACGAAUAUUCUAUGGAUGUGGUUCAGAUGUAUAUGCGCGCAAUUCAGGAUUCAGCUGAGCUAGCCGUACGAAAUCUCUUGAAGAGUCUCGCCCAUGAUCGCGAUGGAGAAGAGAUAUCGGCGGUGGAUUACAUGGACGACGGUACCCCGAUCAAGCUGAAAGUGACGAUCAACCCAUCAGAUGGCUCUGCCAUCUUCGAUUUCACAGGCACAGGUCCAGAGGUCUACGGAAACUGGAACGCCCCAAUCGCAAUCUGCAACUCGGCAGUUAUCUUUGCCCUGCGCUGUAUGGUAAACUCCGACAUUCCUCUCAACCACGGCUGCAUCAAGCCAGUAAAACUCAUCAUACCAGACGGAUCGCUCUUGCGACCGAGCUUUGAAGCAGCAGUGUGUGCAGGGAAUGUACUAACUUCCCAACGGAUCGUGGACGUCAUCUUCAAGUGUUUCCGCAUUUGUGCCGCCAGCCAGGGGUGCAUGAACAAUUUUACCUUCGGAAAAGACGGCGCUAAUGGCUUCGGAUACUAUGAGACCAUCGCUGGUGGAAGUGGAGCGGGGCCCGGCUGGGCUGGUUCAAGUGGCGUGCACACCAACAUGACCAACACGCGCAUUACGGACCCCGAAUCCCUUGAGCGUCGAUAUCCGGUCAUCCUCCGGCGCUUUAGUCUUCGCGAUGGGAGUGGUGGAGCAGGAAUGUACCCCGGAGGCGAUGGAGUUAUCAGAGAAGUUGAGCUAAGGCUGCCUAUGUCUGUGUCUAUCCUUUCCGAAAGGCGCAGUUUUGCGCCUUAUGGCAUGGCAGGUGGGCAUGAUGGCCAGCGUGGCAAGAAUACUUGGAUUACCAAGGCUGGUCGCCAUAUUAAUGUUGGUGGUAAGAAUUCCAUCCGUGUUCAGCCUGGGGAUCGGUUCGUCAUUGAGACUCCUGGUGGUGGUGGAUAUGGAGCUCCCGGGGAGUUGGACAGGUCAAGCAUUGAUGAGUCGACGGUCAUGCCGUCAUUUGUGCCAAUUGCUAAUGGUAGCGUUUCUGCGAGUCGAAGUUUGGCUGAACAAGUAUGA